ACUGACAUGUCACCUGUGCUUUCCCGCCCGCUACCCACAGCCCUGCCCAGCUGGCAGCAGGAAGGUCAGCAAAGCUGCUGAUAAGAGGGGUAUAAAGAGGGCUUGCCUCAUGGCAAGGGGCAGUGGGCUACCUUCUCGGCAACAUGUUGCGCUUCCUGGUGCUCGCCUCCUUGGUCCUGUGUGGACACAGCACCCAGGACUUUCCAGAAACUAAUGCACGGGUGGUCGGAGGGGCUGAAGCCCAGAGGAACUCUUGGCCAUCUCAGAUUUCCCUCCAGUACCAUGAUGGAGGGUUAUGGUACCACACCUGUGGAGGGACCCUCAUCCGGCGAAACUGGGUCAUGACAGCUGCUCACUGUGUGGACAGCCAGAUGACUUUCCGUGUGGCCUUUGGAGAUCACAACCUGAGCCAGAACGAUGGCACCGAGCAGUUCAUGAGUGUGCAGAAGGUUGUGGUGCACCCCAACUGGAACAGGAACAACGUGGCUGCAGGCUAUGACAUCGCCCUGCUGCGCUUGGCCCAGAGUGUUCCACUCAAUAACUACGUCCAGCUGGGUGUUCUGCCCCAGGAGGGAAGCACCCUGGCUAACAAUACUCCCUGCUACAUCACAGGCUGGGGGAAAACCCAAACCAAUGGGCAGGUGUCUCAGACCCUGCAGCAGGCCUACCUGCCCAGCGUGGACUAUGCCAUCUGCUCCGGCUCCUCCUACUGGGGCCCCAUGGUGAAGAGGACCAUGGUGUGUGCUGGUGGGGACGGGAUUCGCUCCGGAUGCCAGGGUGACUCUGGCGGUCCCCUCCACUGCUUGGUGAAUGGCCAGUAUUCUGUGCACGGAGUCACCAGCUUUGUGUCCAGCCUGGGCUGUAACGUCUCCAGGAAGCCCACAGUCUUCACUCGAGUCUCUGCUUACAUCUCCUGGAUGAAUACUGUCAUGGCCUCCAACUGAACACUUUCCUGAGUCCACUGGCCUUCCCAAGAUGGUUCUUAGCUCUGUAAUAAGACCUGAUGUCAGCGAGAAGGAAGCAGGGUCGAGGUCAUCACUCAGUGGUAGAGCCAGGCCCUGGGUUCAUCCUCAGUAUGGGGGGGGGGGCAGGGGGGCAGAGGAGUGCUGGUGGUGCUCAGCCAUAGAGGUUCCCCUAGUGUGCAAGAAGCUCUGGGUUGGGUCACCAGCACCUGGGGCAAAGGAGGAGGUGAUGAAAACAAGUGUAAGCCUAUUGAACCAGAUACAGAAAGGCGAAUAAAACUGAAUGGAUUAUCAUACUGUAUG